GAAAGUACUCGUAUUGGUUACGUUGAUAGUCGUAUUAGGAAUAUUCGGCCUGAACGGAGUGGAUUCGAAGACAUGCAUAGCAAAAAAAUUUAACAAAAAAGUGCAAGAAUACAACGUCUGUCUCGCAAAAGGGUUUGGCCCAUCCCUCGAAGGAUGUAAAAAGAUAAAAGGAUCUGGUUCUAUGAAAAAGAACCAGAGAAGGAAAUGUACUAAAAAGGAGGGUUAUCUGAAGAAAUGUGGAUAUACUUGCCCGGAUACUGUUGAACUUAAAGAAGUUUACUCGAAGAAGGAAACGAAAAAGUGUUCUCGUGCCAAAAAAAACUUCGGAGGACCCCAUUCAUUUGUAGAUAACAUGGCCACUAUCCAGGACUGUGUGAACACGUGUGCAAGUAAAGAUAACUGUGCAGCAAUCAACUGGAAGAAGACUAAGUGGGGAUUUAGGUGUUUCUUAAAGAAGCCUGGGUAUGGUAAACUAUCUAACAGUCCCAAAGCUACUGCUGUUGAGAUGUGUUGUCUUGACAACAACUGUCCAGUUGACGGAGGUUGGGGUGAAUAUGGGGCCUGGUCGGAAUGUUCAGAUUUAUGCGGAGGAGGUACUCAGACAAGAUCCAGGGACUGUAACAACCCUGCUCCUGCUAAUGGUGGAGAGGCAUGUGCAGGGAAAGAUGUUGAGACUCAAUCCUGCAAUGAUAAACUCUGUUCCAUACCAGGUUUAUUCGCGCAAAAACAAGUGGGCAAAUGUUCAAAUGAAAAGAAAAACUUGAACGGACCUCACACAUUUGUGGAUGACUUAACCACCAUCCAGGACUGUGUGAACAAGUGUGCAAGUAAAGAUAACUGUGCAGCAAUCAACUGGAAGAAGACUAAGUGGGGAUUUAGGUGUUUCUUAAAGAAGCCUGGGUAUGGUAAACUAUCUAACAGUCCCAAAGCUACUGCUGUUGAGAUGUGUUGUCUUGACAACACUUGUCCAGUUGACGGAGAUUGGGGUGAAUAUGGGGCCUGGUCGAAAUGUUCAGCUGAGUGUAAUGGAGGUACCCAGAUCAGAUCCAAGGAAUGUAACAACCCUGUCCCUGCUAAUGGCGGGGCAGCGUGUGUAGGAGAUGAUGUUCAGACUCAAUCCUGCAACUCUGACCCUUGCGCAGUAAAUGGAGGUUGGAGUGAAUAUGGGGCUUGGUCGAAAUGCUCAGCUGAAUGUGGAGGAAAAGGUACCCAGAUCAGAUCCAAGGAAUGUAACAACCCUGCUCCUGCUAAUGGCGGGGCAGCGUGUGUAGGAGACGAUGUCCAGACUCAAUCCUGCAACUCUGACCCUUGCGCAGUAAAUGGAGGUUGGAGUGAAUAUGGGGCUUGGUCGAAAUGUUCAGCUGUUUGUGGAGGAAAAGGUACCCAGAUCAGAUCCAAGGAAUGUAACAACCCUGCUCCUGCUAAUGGCGGGGCAGCGUGUGUAGGAGACGAUGUUCAGACUCAAUCCUGCAACUCUGACCCUUGCGCAGUAAAUGGAGGUUGGAGUGAAUAUGGGGCUUGGUCAAAAUGUUCAGCUGAGUGUAAUGGAGGUACCCAGAUCAGAUCCAAGGAAUGUAACAACCCUGCUCCUGCUAAUGGCGGGGCAGCGUGUGUAGGAGACGAUUCACAGACCCAAUCCUGCAACUCUGACCCUUGCGCAGUAAAUGGAGGUUGGAGUGAAUAUGGGGCCUGGUCGAAAUGCUCAGCUGAAUGUGGAGGAGGCACCCAGAUCAGAUCCAAGGAAUGUAACAACCCUGCCCCUGCUAACGGUGGGGCAGCGUGUGUAGGAGACGAUUCACAGACUCAAUCCUGCAACUCUGACCCUUGCUCAGUUGACGGAGGUUGGGGUGAAUAUGGGGCUUGGUCGGAAUGUUCAGAUUUAUGCGGAGGAGGAACUCAGAUCAGAUCCAAGGAAUGUAACAACCCUGCUCCUGUUAAUGGUGGGGCAGCGUGUGUAGGAGACGAUGUUCAGACUCAAUCCUGCAACUCUGACCCUUGCUCUGCAGUUGAUGGAGGUUGGAGUGAAUAUGGGGCUUGGUCGAAAUGUUCAGCUGAGUGUGGAGGAAAAGGUACCCAGAUCAGAUCCAAGGAAUGUAGCAACCCUGCUCCUGUUAAUGGUGGGGCAGCGUGUGUAGGAGACGAUUCACAAACUAGAUCCUGCAACUCUGAACCAUGUAUAGUUGACGGAGAAUGGGGUGAUUUCGGUGCUUGGUCGCAAUGCACGGCUGACUGCGGCGUUGGUACCAAAACUAGAUACAGGGAAUGUAGCAACCCUGCUCCUGUUAAUGGUGGGGCAGCGUGUGUAGGAGACGAUUCACAAACUAGAUCCUGCAACUCUGAACCAUGUAUAGUUGACGGAGAAUGGGGUGAUUUCGGUGCUUGGUCGCAAUGCACGGCUGACUGCGGUGUUGGUACCAAAACCAGAUACAGGAAAUGUAGCAGCCCCGCUCCUGGUAUCGGGGGAGCAUAUUGCAGUGGACAAAUUUCAGAAACCUACACUUGCAAUUCGGAUCCUUGUCCAGUAAAUGGAGGAUGGGGUGAAUAUGGGGCCUGGUCGAAAUGCUCAGCUGUUUGUGGAGGAAAAGGUACCCAGAUCAGAUCCAAGCAAUGUAACAACCCUGCUCCUGCUAAUGGCGGGGCAGCGUGUGUAGGAGACGAUUCACAGACCCAAUCCUGCAACUCUGACCCUUGCGCAGUAAAUGGAGGUUGGGGUGAAUAUGGGGCUUGGUCGAAAUGCUCAGCUGUUUGUGGAGGAAAAGGCACCCAGAUCAGAUCCAAGGAAUGUAACAACCCUGCUCCUGCUAACGGUGGGGCAGCCUGUGUAGGAGACGAUGUUCAGACUCAAUCCUGCAACUCUGACCCUUGCGCAGUAAAUGGAGGUUGGAGUGAAUAUGGGGCUUGGUCGAAAUGUUCAGCUGAGUGUGGAGGAAAAGGUACCCAGAUCAGAUCCAAGGAAUGUAACAACCCUGCCCCUGCUAACGGUGGGGCAGCGUGUGUAGGAGACGAUUCACAGACUCAAUCCUGCAACUCUGACCCUUGCGCAGUAAAUGGAGGUUGGAGUGAAUAUGGGGCUUGGUCAAAAUGUUCAGCUGAGUGUAAUGGAGGUACCCAGAUCAGAUCCAAGCAAUGUAACAACCCUGCUCCUGCUAAUGGCGGGGCAGCGUGUGUAGGAGACGAUUCACAGACCCAAUCCUGCAACUCUGACCCUUGCGCAGUAAAUGGAGGUUGGGGUGAAUAUGGGGCUUGGUCGAAAUGCUCAGCUGUUUGUGGAGGAAAAGGCACCCAGAUCAGAUCCAAGCAAUGUAACAACCCUGCUCCUGCUAAUGGAGGGGCAGCGUGUGUAGGAGACGAUUCACAGACUCAAUCCUGCAACUCUGACCCUUGCGCAGUAAAUGGAGGUUGGAGUGAAUAUGGGGCUUGGUCAACAUGUUCAGCUGAGUGUGGAGGAAAAGGUACCCAGAUCAGAUCCAAGGAAUGUAACAACCCUGCCCCUGCUAACGGUGGGUCAGCGUGUGUAGGAGACGAUGUUCAGACUCAAUCCUGCAACUCUGACCCUUGCGCAGUAAAUGGAGGUUGGGGCGAAUAUGGGGCUUGGUCGAAAUGCUCAGCUGUUUGUGGAGGAAAAGGUACCCAGAUCAGAUCCAAGGAAUGUAACAACCCUGCUCCUGCUAAAGGCGGGUCAGCGUGUGUAGGAGACGAUGUUCAGACUCAAUCCUGCAACUCUGACCCUUGCUCUGCAGUUGAUGGAGGUUGGGGUGAAUAUGGGGCUUGGUCGAAAUGCUCAGCUGUUUGUGGAGGAAAAGGUACCCAGAUCAGAUCCAAGGAAUGUAACAACCCUGCCCCUGCUAAUGGCGGGGCAGUGUGUGUAGGAGACGAUGUUCAGACUCAAUCCUGCAACUCUGACCCCUGCCCAGCCUGUGACAAAUCCCUGGGAAAGGUCGCUCAGAUAUCUAAAGGAAAAGCAGGAAUGUGGGGAGUUGAUAGCGAGGAGGACGUUUUCAAACUCGACACUGGAAGAUUAUGUUGGGCUAAAGUAACGGGUGGUAAACUAACGAAGGUUUCCUCUGGAGCAACUGUAUGGGGAAUAGGUCCUGGUCGGAAUGUCUACAAGUACUUGGGAGGAGAUAGCUGGUUACAACUCCCUGGAGACUUCGUCGAUGUUGAUGUGAGUGACAAUGAUAACGUAUGGGGUGUGGCCUCCAACCAUGACCUCUUCAGAUGGACUGCAAGCACGUGGGAGCGAAUACCUGGCAAAGCUAGGAAGGUCAAGGUUACUCCGGAGGGAGUGUGGGCUAUGGGUGAGGGGAACGAAAUCUUGUUCAGAACGGGGACAUACGGAGACCAGGACAUCUCAGGGAUAGAGUGGGAGGAUGUAUCAGGACGACUGAACCGGGAAUCUUCACCAAUAACAGCCAUGGUUCCAACUAGAAGCGCCCUCUUGAUCGACCUAAUCUUAGAUAUCGAUAUACCGGAUCAAGCUUGUGUAAACGUUCCAGAAGAGUUGCUAGAUGUUUUAGGAGACAAAUUAACAAAUCAGUGAAAGAACUUUUAACGAUGUUUUUAAAAUAAAAGGGUUCUUUUGAUAGAUUGGAUCGCUGCUUGGAUAAUUAUUGCGCGCCCGAAUCUGUUUUAUAGUAGUUGCCGAUUGCCGAAUAUAUAUAUAUAUUCUAUGAAAAUAAUGUAUAGUGUAGAUUUUAACGGUGCUGAUACUUGUGUUGCACUUGUAUUUUGAAUUUAUCAAUGAUUCGUAAAUCCCCUCGUAAUAUUUCUUAAUCAAUCGUAAUGAUUGUAAAUCCUCUUGAUUAAUUUGUUGAGAUACGCUCAAGGAAAAUAUAUUUUCACACCAUACCAUAACCAUCAAUAAUGAUCGUUUC